UUCGGUCAGAACCACCUGUCGGCCCCUUCGAUACGGAAUAAACGCGCGCGUACGGAAACUUUUCGAGCCUAGUGUCGACUGGAGUUGCUCUUGGUCAACCGAUUUCUGCAUCAGAUUUAAUAUAUAUCCCCCGGACAAGAUAUGUCUAAAUACUCACCGCUGCUGCUGCUGCUAAUCGCUGCGGUUGCGCAGGAAUUAACUGUAACGGCUGCGCAAGAUUUGCCCGAAGGCUUUCCCAAGUGCCAACGGGAUACGAACUUCGACAAAUGUCUCGUGGAUGCCGUGAAUAUUGCGAUACAGCAGCUGAAAGGUGGCAACAAGGAGUUCGGUAUUCCGCCCCUCGAACCGCUGACCGUGAAGAAACUAGUUAUAGACGCCGGCAAUGCGCCAAUAAAUCUACGUCAGGCCUUGAAGAAUGUGAAGGUGCACGACAUGAUCUCCACCAGCAAGAUUCAGCGAUACAGAACCGAUCUGGAUAAGCACUUGAUUAUCUGUGAUAGCCGAACCGAUCGUAUCGAGAUGAUCGGUGAUUACGAGAUGUCUGGACGAAUCCUGUUGCUGCCUAUCACUGGUCAUGGCAAGGCUAAUGUCACGCUGAUCAACACCAAGAUCGAACAUCGUCUGAUCGGCGAACCCUUCGAGAAGGAUGGAGUCAAGUACAUGCGCCUCAAGGAUUACCGUGUGUCGUUUGAUCCCAAGCGAGUGUACAUGAACUUCCAGAAUCUUUUCAAUGACAAAACUCUCUCCGACGGAAUGAAUCGGUUCCUGAACGAAAACUGGGAAACAGUGUUCAAUGAACUUAAAGUGGGAUAUGCCAAGAGUUUUGGAAUUAUCUUCCGGGAACUGUCAAAUAAAAUUUUCGAGAAAGUGCCCUUCGAUAAUAUAUUUUUAAGUUAAGAGCUUCUUGCUUACACUUACCUGUUAGGUAAUGUCUAAUUUAUAUGUUACUAUUUAGAUAAUAAAGGACCUAAAACAUUCAGAA